AUACGUCUCUAUUUCCCACUUUCACAGGCUGACAGCAUUCUUGAAAAAUCUUGAAAUUUUGAAGUUUUAAUCGUUUAAUAGUUAGAAAAUCAUGGGCAGUUUGGAAGUAGAAAGAAAGACAGUGGGCUGGGCUGCAAGAGACCCUUCAGGUGUUCUCGCGCCCUAUACAUACACUCUCAGAAAUACAGGGCCUGGAGAUGUUUAUUUGAAGGUAAUGUGCUGUGGGAUUUGCCACACUGAUAUUCACCAGACUAAGAAUGACCUCGGCAUGUCCAAUUACCCUAUGGUUCCUGGGCAUGAAGUGAUUGGUGAGGUGGUUGAGGUAGGGUCCAAUGUGACCAAAUUCAGGGCUGGUGAUGUGGUUGGAGUUGGCUGCAUCGUCGGGUGUUGUGGCAGCUGUCGCCCAUGCAAGGCAGACAUUGAGCAAUACUGCAACAAGAGGAUUUGGACCUACAACGAUGUUUACAUCGACGGCAAGCCAACUCAAGGGGGUUUUGCUAGUGCUAUGGUUGUUGAUCAGAAGUUUGUGGUGAAAAUCCCUGAUGGAAUGGCACCGGAGCAGGCUGCACCACUGCUAUGUGCAGGAGUGACUGUGUACAGUCCCCUCAACCAUUUUGGGCUAAAACAGAGCGGCCUAAGAGGCGGUAUCUUGGGGCUUGGAGGGGUCGGACAUAUGGGAGUUAUUAUUGCCAAGGCCAUGGGCCACCAUGUCACGGUUAUCAGCUCUUCUGAAAGAAAGAGGGAAGAGGCGUUGGAUCACCUAGGUGCUGACGACUACUUGGUGAGCUCGGAUGCUGCUCGGAUGCAAGAAGCUGCUGACUCACUAGACUACAUAAUCGACACAAUCCCUGUGAGCCACCCAUUGGAGCCUUACCUCUCUCUACUGAAAAUUGACGGCAAGCUGAUCUUGAUGGGAGUUAUCAAUACCCCUUUACAGUUUGUCAGUCCAAUGAUCAUGCUUGGGAGGAAGAGUAUCGUGGGAAGCUUCGUUGGUAGCAUGAAGGAGCUGGAGGAAUUGCUGGAGUUCUGCAAGGAUAAGAAACUUUCUUCCACAAUUGAAACGGUGAAGAUGGAUUACAUCAACACUGCCUUUGAGAGGCUUGAAAAGAAGGAUGUUCGAUACAGAUUUGUAGUUGACGUUGCAGGAAGCACACUUGAGCAGUGAAACAUAUAUGGCUUUGAGUUCAUUUGUUGAUAAGGUUGUUGUUUUCUGUCAUACUAUUUGGGAUUUAUUACAGUUUCAUAUUUUGUGUCUAAGAUAAGAAUUGGUGAGAUUGUUGAAGGUGGCAAUUGGCAAACAAUUUAUAUAUAUACUAGUAUAUUGAUAUUUGAGAAUA